AUGUCUUACACAAAAUGGUACAAGCUACGGAGCGUCCUGAGCAAAAGAAUGCUUCGACCGAAAGAAGUCGCCAACUCUACUCCGGGUCUCAAUAAAAUUAUCGGCCAUUUUAUUCACCGAUUACGAUCAGUUCGAGAGCCUGGAGGGUCAGGGAAAGAAAACGAAGUUUGUGAACUCGAUAAUGAACUUUUCAAAUGGUCGUUUAAGUGUGCGGCGGAGGUGUUGUUUGACGAAAGGUUUGGCUGUCUUGAAGAGGAAAUCAACAAAGAGGCACAGACCUUCAUAAAAGCCGUCGGAGAUUUUCUGGCGAAUGCGGUCGAGGUCAUUGAUUUUUUGCCUACUUGGUUUUACAAGAUCUAGGAGAGCCAGAGAUUUAAAGAGUUUUUCCAUGAUAAUUUUGACACGAUGUACGACUACGCCGAACUAUUUAGGGAGAGGAAUGAAGAGGUGAAUGAAGAGGUGAAGUCAAGCAAGCGAUCAAAGGAAACAGACCGUGACUUAGCUGGGUUCUUCGAGUUCCUCCUGCCCUGCGGAAAGCUGGCGAAGGAUGACCUGUUGGCGAGCGUUAUGGAUGUUCUGUUUGCCGGAGUUGACACUACGUCCAACACGAUGCAAUGGGUUCUUUAUAUGUUGGCCAAAAAUCCUGAGAAACAGAAGGUUCUUUGACAGGAAGUGCUCUCAGUGGUUGGAAAUUCUACCUUUGCAACGCCGGAAACGCUCACUCGUAUGCCAUACCUGAAGGCCUGGUUACGAGAGACCCUCCGCCUAUAUCCUGUUCUCUCUGCUAUCCCGCGAAGACCGGAGGACAUAAUAUUAGGGGGCUACCAUAUCCCUAGGGGCACUGCUCAAGUUGAGUUCCUUGUUCAGCAAAUAGGGCAAGAUGAAAGUAUUUUUGAAGAUGCCGAAGCGUUUAAACUGGAGAAAUGGUUGCGAAACAAAUAUACCGCUUUGAUCGAAUCAGCAGAAGCUUUCGCUUCUCUUCCAUUUGGAUUCGGAACGAGUAUGUGCCUCGGUCGACGUAUUGCCGAGUUAGAGCUCCAUCUGGUGAUGGCCAGAAUCGUGCAGCAGUUUGACAUCUCUUACCCAACCCGGUACGUCUUAAGAGUGUGUCCUCUAAGCAACAUUCCACCAAUAGAGCGUUCCCCUUCAUAG